CUCCGCCCCCUUUGUCUUUAUUCAGUGUUUCUCAAUCUGAAGGAGGACAGAGAGAAAGAAUCACAGAUCAGGACACCAGGAGGAGAGACGGGCCGAACACACCGAACCAUGGCCACAGCAGACACGAGACCGCAGCACAUCCUUCCGUCCGAUCCCCGCGCAGCCAGCCUCAUGUCACGGAUCACCUGCACCAGAACCGAGCUGACUGACACCACGGCGGAUCCGAGGCUAGAAUGAGGGUGAUUUACGUCCAGAACGCCGGCGUGGUCGCUGCUUUCUCGACUGAGAUUUUCCGCGGUAGAUUGAAACAAAGGAAUAACGGAGAAAUCAUGAUCGAACGCGCCACGGGAAAGAGAACACGUCAUAACGGAGUAGGAUACGUCAUAAUGGUAUAGAACGCGUCAUAAUAGAUUAAUGCACAAUAGAUACAUUGUCGUUCUAAUUGUGAAUGAUACAUUGUAGCAGUUCAUAAGUGCCAUAAAACCACAUGGCACGUGUUCAUUAGUUUCUUUUUAAUAAUAUGCCUAUUUAGUCCAUUCAUAGCCCUGGUUUAUCGUUCAUAAUUAGACUGGGAUUAUUAUUUUCUUUUAGAUAGCCUACCAUAGCCGGUUAUAGGUAGAAUAGAUAGACACCUCAUUUAAAUAUGAGUCAUUUUUGACAAUCAUAAAUUAGUUUAUAUGUUAACAUAAUAAACCUUUGCAUUGUAAUUUAUUUAUUUAUUUAUAUGCUAAUUAGCUAUAUUAAUUAGAUUUAUAUUAUCAAUAUUUCAAAGCAUUUAGUCAAGAUAUUUAAACAUAUAGGGAGGUGUAAAAUAUCAUCCUCCUGCGUGAUGGAGACACAAAGACCAGGUGACCCGCCGGGCCCCUCAGUGCUGACGAAAGCCCCUGAGGGCCCCGGUGAGGUCAAACGCAGCAGCUCUGGUGUGAAGAAACAUCAUCACAAACACAACCUGAAGCAUCGCUACGAGCUGCUGGAGACCCUGGGGAGAGGAACCUAUGGCAAAGUCAAGAAGGCCAUCGAGCGGCAUUCUGGAAGAGAGGUUGCCAUCAAGUCCAUCAGGAAGGAGAAGAUUAAAGAUGAACAGGACAUGGUUCACAUUCGAAGAGAAAUCGAGAUCAUGUCGGCUCUUCGCCACCCACAUAUCAUCUCAAUAUAUGAAGUGUUUGAAAAUAAGGACAAGAUAGUGAUUGUCAUGGAAUACGCCAGUAAAGGUGAACUCUAUGACUACAUCAGCGAACGCAGACGCCUGACUGAGAGAGAAACCCGACACUUCUUCAGGCAGAUCGUCUCUGCUGUGCACUUCUGCCAUAAGAAUGGUGUUGUUCACCGAGACCUGAAACUGGAAAAUGUUCUACUGGAUGAAAACUGUAACAUAAAGAUUGCUGAUUUUGGGUUGUCCAACCUGUAUCAUAAAGACAAGCUCCUCCAGACCUUUUGUGGUAGUCCACUGUACGCAUCCCCAGAGAUCGUCAACGGCAGACCAUACCGUGGUCCAGAGGUGGACAGCUGGGCUUUGGGGGUUUUGCUGUAUACGCUGGUCUAUGGCAGCAUGCCAUUCGAUGGAGGGGACCACAAAAAUCUCAUUUGGCAAAUCAGCAACGGAGAGUAUCGAGAACCAUCCCAGUCAUCAGAUGCUCGUGGUCUUAUCCGCUGGAUGCUGAUGGUCAACCCCGAGCGGCGGGCCACAGUGGAAGACAUCGCCAAUCACUGGUGGGUAAACUGGGGAUGGAAAACCAGUGUGUGUGACUGUGAAUCGCAAAGGGAUGCUGGCUCACCCAUGCUGGCUCGUCUCAUUGACUGGCAGAACCGGACCGAGCCUCGACCCACUAAAGCCAUCCGGUCCGAGCCAUUCCUGCUUGUCCGUCAACGGCCCAAAAAGUCUAAGAAAGAGAAUGAUGACGAUGUGUCUCACUGUAAUGGAGAUGACAGCCUGGGCCUCAAGAGACCAAAGGGCAUCCUGAAGACAAGAAUCUCUGAAGAGCAACGCUCUCCAAGUCUGGAAGAAAUAGAAUCCAGUGUGGGAACCCCAGAGAAGGAAUCCGGGCCUGAAGAUGAAGAGGGCGAGGAGGAGCAGGGGCUAACAGGCAACUCUCCUACCAAAGCGGUCUCUAUCCUUCCGAAGAAGGGAAUCCUAAAGAACAACCAACAACGGGAAUCAGGGUACUAUUCUUCCCCAGAGCGCAGCGAGUCCUCUGACCUGCUAGGUGGCAACAUUACACCUCUUGCCGCCAGCUCACCACCAAAGCGAGCGGUUGGUAGGAAGGGCAUUUUGAAGCACAACGGGAAAUAUUCUACAUACAGUGGUGCUCCUCCUUUGAGUGUCCUUGGGGAACCUGCACCUGGCGAUUCUGGUUUAUCCCGCAGUCAGAGUCGCCCAUCUAGUAUUGUAAGGGAGGAUAGGGACACCAUCACCAACAGUUCCUUCAGUGGCACUGACUGGCCCCCACCCGGUGCCCGCCCCAACAUCAGAGGCUGUGUGUCUGCAGAAAACCUUCUCCAGCUGGCCAACUUCAAAGGUCUCCAGGCAGCUCCUCCCCUACAUAGUGGGAAAUUCAGCCGAGGAACGCGGGGCUCUCCGGGGGAUAACAGCAGCUUCUCUCUACUAGGAGAUCUUGAUGAUAUGACUCAGGUGUACCAACAAGCCCUGGACAUCAGCAACAACCUGUCAUAGGGAUGGGGGCCAGUUGAGAGGGGCCUAGAAAGAAAGAAGGUGGAGCAAGUGGAAGAUGUUUGUUCGGCAUGUUGUUGACGACCAGUGCAAAACUGGGAUUCUAUGAAUGUGAGUCCUUUUUCAAUGGGAUGAUAUUGGAGGUUGUACACAACCAAACCUUAACUCCUAACCCUUAACCCUAAUCCUACCCUAUUUUACUUGACCUUUACUCAACCCAAUCUUAUACACAGUUAAAAUUUGUAUCAAAUACAACUAUAGGAACUAUAGCCUAGGGGGAUUUAAGGGUUUGAAGUAAGUAAAAUUUAAGUUGGUACUCUGGGACAUUAUCCCCCUACAGGCAAGGAAUGAUAUUAAAUGUUUACAUAUUAAGUAUAAGGUGAGUUAGCAUCACAGUAUGGCAUCAUGUAACAGCAGCCUUGAUUAAACAAAAAUAAGAGCCAACCUGAGUUUAUCAAGCACCUUAAAACUCUCACAGAGCCGUUUGUGAUAUUUACUUCCAAAAAAAGAAACCAGGGUCUUGCUCCAAAUGAACUGUUGUUGUGUAUUAUUUAUUAAUAUUUUUUUGUAGAUUUAGUGAUACAAAACUGGUGUGGUCUGGCAGUACUGGAAGAAUAAGAAACUGAAAUCUCUCGUUGUCCUUGGUUGGAACUGACAUAUAUAAUUGUUAUUUUUCUUUCUUGGUUAUUGUAAUAUGACAUUUAAACUGCAUAUGUAAUGAUCAAACUCGUAUUGAUCCUAUGAGUCGAAGCAUAUAUAUGGAUUUAUAGAAGUGCCUUUUUGUUUGUUUGUUUUUAAUUUUUUAAUUCAUAUUAAAUUAUGUAUGUCAUUUCCUUAAGGUGGAGAGAGAUGCCAGAGGAAGCUGUCAUCAGAUGAACAGCGUAUUAUUGUUUUUAUUUUAUUAUUUUAUUUUUUAGUUUGUAUCGAAUGCUUAGAAGAGCCCCAGGACCUCUGAGCACAAAGCCUACCCUACAGAACUACCUGACUUCAAGGUUAAAUUUGCCCCACUUCUGCCGAGAGGCUAGUGCUUUACAGUGCAUUAUUCAAGAAGAAGAAUGGUCAGUCCAUGAACACCUUGAAAGGGAGUUUAUUUUCAGAACUCGCUGGGUAAUUCAAGGUGCCAGCAUGCUGGAUUGGUUGUUUCUGAUUGAGUCCUGACAGGAACAUGUGUGCAUGCACCAUGUGUUUCUCUAGAAUGGUACUCUUGUGGUUUCUUGAUUGGGUUAGCUGACUGUUUAGAGUUCUGGACACCUUCACAUUAACAAGGUUUAACUCAAGGUAGAAAUGUCAGACACAAUCUCAACUCCAAAGAAUGUUCAGGCCGAGACAAGCUUGUUUGACUAUUUCCAAAGGUUUUGGACUGUAGGAACAUUGUCUCUCCUGAUGUUUAUGUGUUGAUGCUUAGGGAUUAUAAUUGCUUAGCUUUAAGAAUAAUGGAUUAUUGGUUCUCUGUUGAACUUUGAUGCCCAAAUCACUCCCGCUAGAGCUAAAAAAAAAA